AGAGCGGGGACGCGGGGCGCGCUAUCGGGCGGGGGCGAGGUUCGGGCCGGUUGUGCCGUUGCGAGACUGCAGCUGUAGUCGCUUCGGCCGGUCAAGAGUUAUACCCUGACUGUAAAUUGGAGAAGCCAGUAGUGCUGCUGGUGUUUUUUGGAGACAGUUGAAGUUGAAUCAUUAAUUCUAAGGUGUAAACUCUUCCAAGAUGUCAAAAACAAACAAAUCCAAGUCUGGGUCUCGCUCUUCUCGGUCAAGAUCAGCAUCCAGAUCUCGGUCUCGUUCGUUUUCAAAGUCUCGGUCCCGAAGCCGAUCUGUCUCUCGUUCAAGGAAGCGCAGGCUGAGUUCUAGGUCUCGUUCCAGAUCAUAUUCUCCAGCUCAUAACAGAGAAAGGAAUCACCCCAGAGUAUAUCAGAAUCGAGAUUUCCGAGGUCACAACAGAGGCUACAGAAGGCCCUAUUACUUCCGUGGACGAAAUCGAGGCUUUUAUCCAUGGGGCCAGUAUAACCGAGGUGGCUAUGGAAACUACCGUUCUAAUUGGCAGAACUAGGCAAGCAUACAGCCCUCGUCGGGCCGUUCCCGAUCCCGUCCCCCAAGAGGUCCCUUCACCAAGGUCCAGAGCCAUUCUAGGAACUCGGAUAAGUCAUCCUCUGACAGGUCAAGGCGCUCUCGUCCUCCCGGGUCGCCCUCCAACCACAGCAGAGUUGAAUCAUCUAAGCGAAAGUCUACAAAAGAGAAAAAGUCCUCUUCCAAGGAUAGCCGGCCAUCUCAGGCAGCUGGUGAUAACCAGGGAGAUGAGGCUAAGGAGCAGACAUUUUCUGGAGGCACCUCUCAAGAUAUAAAAGGGUCUGAGAGCUCAAAGCCAUGGCCAGAUGCUACCACCUAUGGCACUGGUUCUGCAUCACGGGCCUCGGUUUCUGAUCUGAGUCGGGAGAAAGCCCAGCUCUCAAAAGCCCCCCUCCAGUCUGUGGUGGUUAGGCGAAGGUCACCACGCCCUAGCCCUGUGCCCAAACCUAGUCCUCCUCUUUCUAAUGCAUCCCAGAUGGGCUCAUCUAUGUCAGGCGGUGCUGGAUAUCAGUCUGGAGCACACCAAGGUCCGUUUGACCAUGGCUCUGGGUCUUUGAGUCCAUCCAAAAAGAGCCCUGUGGGUAAGAGUCCACCAGCCACUGGCUCUGCAUAUGGUUCAUCUCAGAAAGAGGAGAGUGCUGCUUCGGGAGGAGCAGCCUACACAAAAAGGUAUCUGGAAGAGCAGAAGACGGAGAAUGGGAAGGAUAAGGAGCAGAAACAAACAAAUACUGAUAAAGAGAAGCUGAAGGAGAAAGGGGGCUUCUCUGAUGCUGAUGUCAAAAUGAAAUCUGAUCCAUUUGCUCCCAAGACGGACACUGAGAAGCCCUUCCGAGGCAGCCAGUCACCCAAAAGGUAUAAGCUCCGGGAUGACUUUGAGAAAAAGAUGGCUGACUUCCACAAGGAGGAGAUGGAUGAACAAGAUAAGGACAAAAGUAAGGGAAGGAAGGAACCUGAGUUUGAUGAUGAGCCCAAAUUUAUAUCUAAAGUCAUAGCCGGUGCAAGCAAAAACCAGGAGGAAGAGAAGUCAGGCAAGUGGGAGAGCCUGCAUGCAGGGAAGGAAAAGCAGAGGAAAGCAGAGGAGCUGGAGGAGGAGCCUUUCACAGAGAGAUCCCGAAAGGAGGAACGUGGAGGGUCCAAGAGGAGCGAAAGUGGGCACAGGGGCUUUGUGCCAGAAAAGAAUUUCCGGGUGACUGCAUACAAGGCAGUCCAGGAGAAAAGUUCAUCGCCUCCCCCAAGGAAGACCUCUGAGAGCCGUGACAAGCUGGGAAACAAAGGAGACUUUUCCUCAGGGAAGUCUUCCUUUUCCAUUACUCGAGAGGCCCAGGUCAAUGUCCGGAUGGACUCCUUCGAUGAGGACCUUGCACGACCCAGUGGCUUAUUGGCUCAGGAACGAAAGCUUUGUCGGGAUCUAGUCCAUAGCAACAAAAAGGAGCAGGAAUUCCGUUCCAUUUUCCAGCACAUACAGUCAGCUCAGUCGCAGCGUAGCCCCUCAGAAUUGUUUGCCCAGCACAUAGUGACCAUUGUUCAUCAUGUUAAAGAGCAUCACUUUGGAUCCUCUGGAAUGACAUUGCAUGAGCGCUUUACUAAAUACCUAAAGAGAGGGAAUGAACAAGAAGCAGCUAAAACUAAGAAAAGCCCAGAGAUACACAGGAGGAUAGACAUUUCCCCCAGUACAUUCAGAAAGCAUGGUUUGACUCAUGAGGAAUUGAAAAGUCCACGGGAACCUGGCUACAAGGCUGAAGGAAAGUACAAAGAUGAUCCUGUUGAUCUUCGCCUUGAUAUUGAACGCCGUAAAAAACAUAAGGAGAGAGAUCUUAAGCGAGGUAAAUCAAGAGAGUCGGUGGAUUCCAGAGACUCUAGCCACUCAAGAGAAAGAUCAACUGAAAAGACAGAGAAAACCCACAAAGGAUCAAAGAAGCAGAAGAAGCACCGCAGAGCAAGAGACCGGUCUAGGUCCUCCUCCUCCUCUUCCCAGUCGUCUCACUCCUACAAAGCAGAGGAGUACCCUGAGGAAGCAGAGGAGAGGGAGGAGAGCACCACAGGUUUUGACAAAUCCAGAUUGGGGACCAAAGACUUCGUGGGUCCGAAUGAAAGAGGCGGCAGAGCUCGGGGAACCUUCCAAUUUCGAGCAAGAGGGAGAGGUUGGGGCAGAGGAAACUAUUCUGGUAACAAUAACAACAACAGCAACAAUGAUUUCCAAAAGAGAAGCCGGGAAGAAGAAUGGGAUCCCGAGUACACACCCAAGAGCAAGAAGUAUUACUUGCAUGACGACCGGGAAGGCGAGGGCAGCGACAAGUGGAUGAGCCGAGGCCGCGGCCGAGGAGCCUUCCCCCGGGGGCGGGGCCGGUUCAUGUUCAGGAAAUCCAGUACCAGCCCCAAGUGGGCCCAUGACAAGUUCAGUGGGGAGGAGGGGGAGAUUGAAGACGAUGAGAGUGGGACAGAGAACAGAGAAGAAAAGGACAGUUUACAACCUUCAGCUGAGUAGGGGCCACUCUUGAUGGAGCCCUUGCCGGGGAGAAAGGCACUGGGAGAGGCUGGUGGAGCUAAACAAGGAGCCUCAAGAAGAUCCUGAAAACCCCACCCCACAAACCACUAGCCACACAGAAUCCCACCACAGCAGAGUGUGUCCCUGGUGCUGUCUCACUGGACAGAGGACGCUGCCACCGAGCUUCCUUCAGGCCCAUGUUUCCAGCAGAGCACACUGGGCUCCCGCUGUCGUUUGUGUGGGGUGGGGCAGGGUGGGGAGAAGGAUGCGGAUGCUUGGACUUUGUGUUGGUUUUGUCGUCCCAUCCCCACUCCACCCCCAAUUAGAAACCAAGUUUUCUUAAUUUCAUUUCAUUUGGAACUAAAUGGGAAUUUGGUUUUCAGUCUCUUCCUGUCCUGAGUUUUUAAAAGUCCUUAUAUUUUUCUUUUUUUUUUUUUUUUUUUGGGGGCGGGGGAUAUGUAGUAAUAUUAGCAUAAAGAUUUUAAUUUGGGCAACUUUGAUUCCUAAGAGAAAACAAAGCAUGUGAAUAAAAAUUGAAGUGUUCACCUCAGUUUGGGACCAAA